AUGGAUCUGUCUGACCUUCCCUUCCCUCUCUACUCUGCUGAUGACCUCUACGACGACCCCAGCUUCAGCACCGGCGACAUGAACUUUUUUGACGACCUGGACUCCCGGCUGAUGCACGCUGGCCUGCUGAAGUCAGAGGACCACCUUCAUCACCAUCACCACGUGCCGGUCGCAGAGGAGGAGGACGAGCAUGUGAGGGCUCCGGGGGCCCCCCACCAGGCGGGGCACUGCCUGCUGUGGGCCUGCAAGGCCUGCAAGAGGAAAACAACCCACGCAGACCGCAGGAAAGCGGCAACGAUGCGGGAAAGACGACGGCUCAGCAAAGUCAACGACGCCUUCGAGACCCUGAAGCGCUGCACGGCGUCCAACCCCAACCAGCGGCUGCCCAAGGUGGAGAUCCUGCGCAACGCCAUCAGCUACAUCGAGUCCCUGCAGGCGCUGCUGAGGACGGUCCGGGACGACGGCUUCUACCCGCCGCUGGAACACUACAGCGGGGACUCGGACGCCUCCAGCCCCCGAUCCAACUGCUCUGAUGGCGUGAUGGAUUUCAUCUCCCCGUGUUCGACCACAAGUGAAAACAGUGAUGGUUCCUGCAGCAGCCAGACAGCAGACGAUUUCAGCAGCAGUAAACGGUCGCUCAUUUCCAGUUUGGACUGUUUGUCCAGCAUCGUGGAGCGGAUCAGCACAGAUCCAGCUGCGGCCCCCCCGGGCGACAGCGUGGUACCCCGGGGCCCCGGAUCGCCUCAGAACAGCCCUGCGGGUUCCAGUCCCUCAGCCGAACCCAGCAGCAUCUACGAGCCGCUCUGAACCCAACGGACUCGUAAAGACUUUUUCUUGUUGGAGUUUGAGUCCAGCUUGUUCAGACUGCUGCUGGAAACACAGGAUGUUUCCUC